CAGGGCAGUGGUGGCCAGAGCAUGGGAGGAGGGUCUGGUGGUGGUGGUGGAAUGGGUGGUCAAUCUAUGGGUUGUGGUGGCCAGAGCUCUGGCAGCAGCAUUGGAGGAGGUUCUGGUGGUGGUGGUGGCUCAGGUGGCCAGACCAUUAUAGUCCCAUGUGGUGGAAGUAGUGGCGGUGGCCAGAGCUCUGGCGGCUACAUUGGAGGAGGCUCUGGUGGCCAGAGCUCUGGCGGCUGCAUUGGAGGAGGCUCUGGUGGCCAGAGCUCUGGCGGCUACAUUGGAGGAGGCUCUGGUGGUGGUGGCGGUGGCUCAGGUGGCCAGACCGUCAUAGUCCCAUGUGGUGGAAGUAGUGGCGGUGGCGGCGGCCAGAGCUCUGGCGGCUACAUUGGAGGAGGUGGUGGCUCAGGUGGCCAGAGCUCUGGUGGCUGCAUUGGAGGAGGCUCUGGUGGUGGUGGUGGCUCAGGUGGCCAGACCAUCAUAGUCCCAUGUGGUGGAAGUAGUGGCGGUGGCCAGAGCUCUGGCGGCUACAUUGGAGGAGGCUCUGGUGGCCAGAGCUCUGGUGGCUGCAUUGGAGGAGGUUCUGGUGGUGGUGGCUCAGGUGGCCAGACCAUUAUAGUCCCAUGUGGUGGAAGUAGUGGCGGUGGCCAGAGCUCUGGCGGCUACAUUGGAGGAGGCUCUGGUGGCCAGAGCUCUGGCGGCUGCAUUGGAGGAGGCUCUGGUGGCCAGAGCUCUGGCGGCUACAUUGGAGGAGGCUCUGGUGGUGGUGGCGGUGGCUCAGGUGGCCAGACCGUCAUAGUCCCAUGUGGUGGAAGUAGUGGCGGUGGUGGUGGCCAGAGCUCUGGCGGCUACAUUGGAGGAGGCUCUGGUGGUGGCUCAGGUGGCCAGAGCUCUGGCAGCUGCAUUGGAGGAGGUUCUGGUGGUGGCUCAGGUGGCCAGACCAUUAUUGUAUCAGGAGGCAGUAGUGGAGGAGGUGGCCAAGGUUCUGGGUGCUGCAUUGGAGGAGGUUCCAGUGGGGGCUCCAUGCAGACAAAGCAAGCUGUUUGCCUCCCACCUGGUCUAUCUCAGACCAAGCAAUCUUCCCAAUGGCCACCUAGCCACAAGUAAAGGGCUUCCACGUCCUUUGCUUCAUUCUACAACAAUGUGUUCUUCCGGAAGGAAUAUGAGACCGAAGUGCCAGUUUAUUUCUCCUUGAUGUGAAAUCCCACCUUAAUGUGGAACAGCUUUGCAUGUUGCAUGCCUUCUUCUCAGUCUCAGUCACAAUCCCUUGCUUGUAUCUUCUGCAUUUCAUUUUGUUGGUUUGUUAUUGCAUGUUCAAUGUUUUAUUGUCCAAGAAAGAAAGAAAUGUUUAUUUAUGCUGAAGCGGUAUUGACAGUAUGCCCCUACAGUUUCCUGUUUCAGUCUCCACUACUGCAUGGGAGAUAAUAAAGCUUUCUUGAGAACUAAAAUAA